UGUUAAUGAAAAGCAGUUUCAUGGUCAUCUGGGGCAAGGGGCUUGCCCACUCACCCGUGACUCACGGCACAGCAGCAUGUUACAGGUUUGGAGUUUCCAUUGGCAUGACCCAUGUGUGCCAGGGAGGCUGAGGCAGUAUAAAACCCAUCAGGUCCCAAGGCACCAGCACUGGCCACCUUUGGGACUCACCUCAGCACAGCACCAGGCCUCUGGAACACAAGAGAGAAACACUCUUGCAUCAUGACAGGCAAGGCUGUGGCUGUGGUCCUGAUCCUUCUCUUCAUAUCAGCAGUGGGAACAAAAGGUAAGGCCCUUCCACGCUCAGCAAUGGAGCUCCGGUGCCAGUGCAUAGGCACUCAUUCCAAGUUCAUCCAUCCCAAGUUCAUUCACAAUGUGAACCUCAUCCCCAGCGGACCUCACUGCAAGAACGUCGAAGUCAUAGCUACCCUGACGGAUGGCCGGGAAGUCUGCCUGGAGCCCACCGCUCCCUGGGUGAAGCUCAUCAUCAAGGCAAUCCUAGACAAGGCAAACGCCAAACCUGAGACAGUGUCCUAAGACAAAGAAGACAAAACGUCCUAACUCCUGCAGCAAGGCAAAAAAGAGAUGGAGAUGCCCAUCCAGCUUCUGGCAGCUCACCUCCUCCUGCUGCCUAUAUUCACACUUCUAACAGCACCAAGAGCGUAUGGAUUCCCUGGAUUUAGAAUCACAAAAUCACAGAAUGGUUUGAGUUGGAAGGGACCUUCAAAGGUCGUCUAGUUCCAACCCCUCUGCAAUAAGCAGGGACCUCUUGAGCUAGAUCAGGUUUCGUAGUUAGUUCACAACAGUACUGAAGUAUUUUACAGAGGUCACAUUAUGUAGGAGAGGAAUCACUGACACCAGAAAAAGCAGGCAGAAGAAAUGGUUUGUGAAAGGAUAUGGAGAGAUCCUGGAAUGAGUUUUGGUAAACACAGCUGGAUCAGUGCAGAGCUUUCGCUAAAUGACACCUUCCCUUUCUGCUGUUUAGGAAAAGAACAGCACCUAACUCCUUCUCUCCAGGAAAGCAUCGAUAGGGGAGCAUCAAGUUUAGGUCACUGCUGCUCAACCUUUUUGCUCAGAGCAGACUACUGAUCGAAAGAGGGAGCUGGCAGAGUUAGGACAUAAAAAUUCUGAGAUACUGGGGCUUGUGUCAUCAUAUUCAAGAUAUUAUUUAUUGUGAAUUACUGUUGUGAAGGUCUCAAGAUACAUUUUAAUGCCAUCUUUUGCUUAGAA